UAGAUUAGAUUGAAGACCCGACCCCACACAACCGGGCACACAGCCUUGAGCCUCCUCCCUCUUUCUUUGAAUUCUCACAGUACAAGACAUCAAAAUUGUCUUUCACUCCCACAAUCCACAAUCUCUCUUCUGUGGCUUGAGCCUGUUCCUCGCUUCAGGUAAUCAUUGUGCACCAAAUGUCUUUUGACCUCAACGAGAAGCACUGGUCACUUGCUCGGUGCGAUAUUAGUUUCAUGAAUAGGGGAAGGCUCCGGUGGUCGUGGAAGAUCUUGUUUCGGCACUGGACUUGACUGAUUGCUUUUUUGUUUUUGCGGGAAGCAUAAUUCUCAUUUGCAUUCUACAGUAGAAGUUAGAAUUUUUAUUUGUGGCAAACAGUAGCGUUUGGUAUUGUUUUAAAUUUCUUGAUGGGGAAAGCAUCGCUCCUAGCUCCUGGAUUCCGAUUUCACCCCACUGAUGUUGAGCUGGUUAUGUACUAUUUAAAGAGGAAAGUAAGGGGGGAAAGGCUUUGUUUUGAAGCCAUUGCAGAGGUUGAUAUUUACAAGGUUGCUCCUUGGGACCUUCCAGAUAAAUCUCUUUUGGAAGGUGGGGAUCUGAAAUGGUACUUCUUUUGCCCUGUGGAGAAGAAGUAUUCACGUGGGGCCAGAAUGAAUCGUGCAACUGAAUUUGGGUACUGGAAAACCACCGGAAAGGAUAGACAUGUUCAUUAUAAUAAAGAGUUGGUGGGGUCUAUAAAAACUUUGAUUUUUCACAGAGGAAGAGCGCCACAAGGUGAACGAACUGAUUGGGUUAUGCAUGAAUACAGACUUGAUAAAAAUCUGGAAGAAAAAGGAGUUGUUCAGAACGCAUAUGUUCUUUGUAAGAUAUUCCAAAAGGAAGGUGUAGGCCCAAAAAAUGGUGCUCAAUACGGAGCACCAUUUAAGGAGGAAGAUUGGGAUGAUGAUGAGGAAGUUGACUGUGUAAAAGCUGGUCCAUCUACUGGUUUGUCUACCCCAACUUAUGCACUGCCUCAUAACCAUAGCAGUUCAGUUGCUAUUGACACCUUGCUUUUGGGUGGCUCAGUUUUGGGGUCGUUCUCAUGCUUAUCUCAAACUGUGCCAGCCCACUGUGAGGGGCUUACAACAGUUUGCAGUCAUGAUGUUGUUAAUCAAGCUUCGGGUGAUGCCGAUGGUGAUAUUCUUCUAGAAGCGCUUGCUAAUAAUUGCGAUGAUAUUCCUUUACUGCUUGCAUCCUUUACGGAAGACAACACUUUGAUUUCAAUUGAAGAUGACAUGAAUAAGGAGGUCGGUCAUGAUCAUGGAAAAGCUAAAGGCACACAUGAUAUUCACAAAGACUUGGGAUACCUGGGCCACCCAACCAGACCGGGUGAAGAUGAUUACGAUUUGGACCAAUAUUUAAAUUUAAGUGAUCUGGAGUAAGUGGUAUAGAAAAACUGAAGUGGUGUUAAACAUGUAUGAUUGUUUCGUGCCGUAAUUGCUCCAAUACCCAGCUACGGUCAGAAAUUUGUUCAGAUUGAAACUUCUCAUUUCUAAAGAAUAUUGGUUCCUUGGAUUUUUUAUUUUUCUCACUUUGUAUCCCUUCAAUAAGGGUGAGUACGUUGUUUGUAUUUCAUUAUCUUUUGUGAAUAGAAUUAGAAUUUUCGACUCCAUUUCUAAUAGCUGCUGUAGCCCACAAGGACAUAAAUGGAAUUAUGGAAUCUUAAAUUGUUUUUUAUUUUUU